GCAGACAUCUGAUUUCAAAGUGGCAUACUCCUUAUAUUAACUUAAUUGGCAGCGCUUCCGAUAAGAAUAUAAUAGGCAAGUUUAGGAACUCUAUAGAGUUGUUCUUUGUCAUAGAGAUUACUGUCAAACUAGCCAACUUACUUUCGAGCCGGAGAAAGCCAAUCUCAUUUCCCUACUUGUCAGCAGCCGAAACGUUUCGUGAAAAUUUCAUUACAAAUUUUUCUUGCGCUAGGAAAAGUUAAAUCAAUUGAUCUAUUUCGCAUUGGCAAACUGCGCAUGUGCAACCUGAACAAAUAUUUUAGGAUCCCUUUCGAAAGCUCAAACAAGUGGUGAAGCUGAAAUUUCUCCCAAAUUUUUGCACUUUGAGCAACUAUUAGCCAUGAAGGUCAAAGUGUCGGGUGAAUAUACGCUGGCUGAGAUCGAGGUGGAUGUGGACACGCAGUUGACUCCCGAAGACCUGCAACCCGGAGCCACCGUGCUGGCAUCGAACGAGGGUGAGGGCGACUUGGAGCAGAUUGUCAGCCACGAGGAGCUGUCCAGAUUCUUUUCCGUUGCGCCCUCGCCAGCCAUCCAAAUGCCCACGGAUGUGGUGGUGGAGCGCACACUGGCGGAUCCGGCUCUCAAGCAGAUCCUGCUUGAGGCUGAUGGCAAGAAGGGCUUCGAUCCGCAGGCGGAGCAAUUGAAGAUUCGCGACUUUUUGGCCGGAGUCACCAGCAGCAAGAUGACCACCGAGCAGUCGGUGUUUCAUGGAUCGCGUUCCAACUUAUCUGGGACCACUGGCUGUCGCGUGAAGUGUCCCCAAUGUCUGGUUCAAUACGAUACUACCGCCUUCCAGAGCCAUUCCUGCGAAUUUGAUGUCGAACGGAAACCCGUCGAAGUGGUAGUUUCUCAGCAGGAGAAGACCUUGCCUGAGCCGACUCCAUGUCCUCCUCCUCCUCCUCCGCCCAGCAAACCGAUCAGCGAGCGAGUUAUCUUAGAGAAUCAGGUGCGCCUGCGUCGCUACAUGAAGGAUGAGAUGAAGUACGACUUGACCACUGGCAUCGAUAGCUCGCGGAACCGAAAGUCGGUCAAGGGACCCAACGAGUGUACCAUGUGCGACCGCAAGUUUGUGCAUGCUUCCGGAUUGGUGCGCCACAUGGAGAAGCACGCCCUGGAUCUGAUCCCUUCGCAGAGCAGCUUGCAACAGCAUACAGUUCCGGCUGCCGGCCUGCAUGUCGUGGAAAAGUGCAACGCCUGCGGCCGCAUCUUCUAUGAUCCGCUAGUUGCCUUGGAGCACGGCCUCAUUCACUUUCCGGAGCAGCCACGUGUGUGUAAUUCACCAGAGACCCGAUCCUUCCAGGCCAAACCGGAUAUCAAGGAACUCCUGCUAAAUGACGAGAUGUGGCUGGGAGGACAAGCGACAGCCACAGCAACGCAGCAAAAGGCCAACCGACUGGAGAAGGAACUGUUCACCAGUCUGAUACUGGGCAGCGUUUUGCAGUGCGAGUUCUGCGAUUAUAUCUUCGCCGACAUCGCGGAACUGCUCGUCCAUUCGGCCUCCCAUGUGGCUGAGCGUCGCUUCGAGUGCACCGCCUGCGACAUCCAGAUGAACACGGCCAAGGAGGCCAGCAUCCACUUCCAGACGGACUGCAUCUUCAUGCGGGAGUCGAACUGGUCGCUUAAUGUCACGCUGAGCCGCCACUUUGUGUGCAACGUGUGCGAGUUGAAGUUCGCAAACACUGACCUGCUGCAGGAGCAUCGAUACACCUCCUACCACUACUUUCCGCGUCUCAGCGAGAAUGGUAAGAAGUUGCUGUUGCCCUGUGAGUUCUGUGAGGUCAACUUUGAGUUCGCCAACGAGAUUCUGGCGCACAAUGAGGAGAAGCACCUGAACAAGAAGAAACGCGAGAAGGAAACCCGCAACACGGGCACUAAUCGACUACGCCAGUACCUGUGCGACAUCUGCGGCAAGUCCUACACCCAGUCCAGCCAUCUGUGGCAGCACCUGCGCUUCCACCAGGGUGUCAAGCCCUUCGUCUGCCAGGAGGAGAAUUGCGACCGGAAGUUCACCAUCCGCCCGGAUCUGAAUGAUCACAUCCGCAAGUGCCAUACGGGCGAACGACCUUAUCUCUGUUUGGUGUGCGGCAAGCGCUUCCUGACUGGAUCCGUCUUCUACCAGCACCGACUCAUCCACCGAGGCGAGCGGCGCUAUGAAUGCGAGGAGUGCGGCAAGCGGUUCUACCGGGCGGAUGCCCUCAAGAACCACCAGCGCAUCCACACCGGCGAGAAACCGUACAGUUGCCUCUUCUGCACCAAGACCUUCCGGCAGCGCGGCGACAGGGACAAGCACAUCCGAGCACGACACGCCCACCUGGACGCCAACUCGCGGCUGAUGAUGCAGAUGCAGAAGUUCCAGCUGGAGUCGGCUGCAGCAGCCGCUCUCAAGGCCAAGCAUCACCCGGACCAGAAGGGGACUGGUGGCGGUGUCAGUCUUUCGGAGGAGGCCCCGGAAUCGAGAUUGGGAGAGGCUGGCGACCCGUCGAUGCAGUAUUCCGCGAUGCCAGAGCAGCAGGAGGAAAUGGUGUGUGUGCCAAUGAACGACGUGGACAACAGUUUCCUAAUGUCGCAGUAUGAGGCGGGUGGCUCUGAGCAACAGAUAAUCGUCUUCGAGGAGCCAGCCCAGCCGGAUAUGGAUGUGAUGAGCAUUUUCGAGCCGCAGCAGGGUCAACAGCCAAUGCAGGGUGGUGAAAAUGCCAGGGUGGUUGUUGUCAAGAACAACCCGACCCAGCCACUAUUUGCGGAUACUUAUAUGUAAGAGUCCGGUUUAAAUUUAAAUAAAGCGCCAAAGGAGUA